AUGUUUGUUCGAACACUAACUAACGAACAUCAAUCUGGGACUAAGCCUCCAGUUGUACCAAAAUCAUUAACACCAAGAAAUGGCGUUAAACCAAACAACCAUCGUCGAUCAAAUACACAAACAAUUAGUACCAAUGUUUCCAAUAGUUAUGAUUUACCUGAUGCUUCAGAUACAAACCCACCGAUAGCAGCACCAGGAACAAACCGUACGGGUGUAGCAUUGCCUACUUCAGCAAAUGGAGCAAACCGAACACGGCCCCCUGUAUCUCGACCACUACAGAACUAUCGUGGCUCACAGACAUCGUACAAUAAUAACCCAAAAACACAAUCAACACCACCGACACCAUCGGCUACUGCACCGAAAACUGCGAAGAAGUCAGCAAAUGAUCUAGGAUCAACAUUUACUGCUAAACAAUUUACAUCAACCGAGAAUAAUCUUCUCAAUGACGUCAGCAACAAACCUCGAACACAAAUGACAACGUUACGACGUCCGGUAACUCAAACCUCUGCCGAACAAAUUCCUCCUGCGUCAUCGGUCGAUGUCACACAAACAGCAAUUACUCCAACAAACAGUCAAAGCUCGAUACCACGCAGCUCAUCUACCUUAAGUCAAGGCCGCAAAAGCGGAAUACCGACCAUUGGUAAACAAGGGCGGCCUAGUAUUCCGACGCCCUCACGACCGGCAACGUCGAACUCAAUUCCUUCGUCUCACUCAUCAGAUAGUAUGAUGACAACCCGGAACGUUCGAGCUCCUGCAUCAGUCACACGACCACAGAUUCCGGAUACCGUGUCGCCAACAUCAUCAUGGAAUGAAGGAUGUUACUAA